AAUGUCGAAUUCCGAAAUCAGGCAGCUGCUCAAACUGACUGCCUGCUACAGUAUAAGGAGUCCGCCAACUACGUCUCAUUCGUAGAUCUAGACGAUGUGCUGAUCCCAAGGCUAGCUGGAAAUUAUCUGGACGAGUUUGCGCAUUUAUUCAAUUCUAUGCCAAAUGUUGCUUAUAUUCACUAUGCAAAAGAAAAUGUCAGAUUGAAGACAGCCAAAAACCCUGGUAGUUUUUCCCUUAAGCAAAUGCUUGGCACGAUCCAGUUCGAGAGAGUUAGCGAAACAGGAAAAUUAGUUGCUGACCCACGAUACGUAAAUGCUACUUGGAUUCAUUUUCCUCUUGCCAUAAUGAAUGGCAUGGAAAGAUAUGUCGUCCCUAACAACGUCAAUGCUAUCACUCAUCUAAAGCACAUGAUUCUGGACGUCCAGUCAUCACGACUAACAGAUCUGCUGACAGUUCCGACCUAUAAUCCAAGCUCUGAUGAAAUCAAGACCGAUGCGCCUUUGCUAACGAAACUAGACAUUGAAGAGCUUCAAAAUGAUUUUGAAAGCAAGAUAAUUUUCUUUAAAGUGGUGAAACCACAUGUUUCCAGAAUGGCUCGUCUCCCGGAAGUAGCGAGGGUAUUUCCAAAGCUGCCAAAAAGAUUUUCUUAUCUUGAAGCAAUAUCCCGAUGCUAUGAGGAUACCUACUACAAAUUUCAUUACUCUGGCAGAGUAAACGAGAUCAAGUGUCCGGGUCCGGAUCGCUGCGUGGUUGGUUUCUAUUUUUUUUAA